CCAAUAGGAUGGCAGCCUAGUCUCUGUUCGCAGCAGCUCCACUUUGGGAUGUGGAGGGAGGGAAGGUGGAAAAGGGCCGCAGAGAAGACGAAUAACGGUACUAACCCUACAGUUGCUUUUCGGCCUUUUUUUUCCUUCCCCACCGAAUGUCCCGGGAGACCUUCCGUGGUGCAGCGGUGCUGCUGACGAGCGUUCAACGAGCAACGUGGAAAUAAAGAUGGCCUGGAUGUGGAAGAAAAAGUCGGUGAUUGCCACUGGCCUCGUAGCGGCGGUGUCACUCUUCGUGGUGGCCGUCCACCUGGCCGAGAAGCCCUACUUCCCGUGGCAGCCCGCCUUCAGUGGCCACUGGGCGCCGUCCAAGCAGCCCUACCAAGCUUUCAAACCUCACGCAGGCUAUGUCAGCAUUCCCAAAAUGGAACCCCUGAAGCUGAAGUGCGAGCUGUGCAGCGUGGUGUCCAGUUCGGGCCAGAUGCUCGGCCAGGCGGCGGGGGCGCUCAUCGACCGCUCGCCGUGCAUCUGGCGCAUGAACAACGCUCCCACGCGGGGGUUCGAGCGCGACGUGGGUCGGCGCACCACGCUGCGGGUGGUGUCGCACACCAGCGUGCCGCUGCUGCUGCAGAGGCCGCAGCACUUCUUUGGCCAAAACAACGACACGGUGUACGUGGUGUGGGGCCCGCUGCGCAACAUGCGCAGCGACGGCAAGGGAGUGGUCUACAACAUGUUGCGGCAGGCGGCCGACAGCUACCCGCACGCGCGCAUCUACACCACCACCGAUGACAGGAUGAACUACUGUGACAUGGUAUUCAAGAAGGAGACGGGCAAGGACAGGAUCCAGUCGGGGUCGUACCUCAGCACAGGCUGGUUCACGCUCAUCCUCGCCAUGGACAUGUGCAAAGAGAUUCACGUCUACGGCAUGAUCAACGACACUUAUUGCAGGACCGAAGGCUACCGCAAAGUCCCCUAUCACUAUUACGAGGCCGGAAACCGGGACGAGUGCGCCGAGUACCUGUUGCACGAGAGUGCCCCCUACGGAGGGCACCGCUUCAUCACGGAGAAGACCGUGUUUGCCAAGUGGGCCAAAAACCACGCCAUCAAGUUCUUCAACCCACCCUGGCAGCUGUCGUGACGCUCGAAAAAGGCUUAUUCCGAGACUCAUUCAUUCGGUUUUUGCUUGUUUGGCGAGUAGUUGACGGCUAGCGGGCGCUUCUUGUCAUUGACGACAUGCAGCAGUCCAGCCACGACUUUUUUUUUUUUUUUUUUUUAAUAUCAGGACUAACCCGAAGGAAAAAACUGUUGUGGUCACUGCAGGUCCGUUCUGGUGGCCUCAGAAUCGAGAGUUUGCUCCCCCCUUGGCAACAACCAAAGGCAAAGAUAUCGGCACUCCAAACUGUCACGAAGCAAGUCACAAAGCAGUCCAGCAACGACUUCAAUUGUCACUUGUUCUUGGUCACGCUAAGUAUGCUCUGACGGGUUCAGAAUCCAGCGUUUGCUUUGAACGAGCCACAAAUGAAGGCAGAGGCAGAAGACGUCGCCACUCCAAACCCUCCUAAGCUUUUGAGGAUGUUAGCACUUUUUUUAAAUGUUUUAUUUAGUAGCGCUGGUCAUGCAAUGGUUCAUUGUUUUAUUAGAAGGAUAAAACUGAAGGAAAAAAACUGCCCAGUCACCAGUUAGCUGCUUUUGCAGACACUAACUGCAAAUGUAACCGAUUCCUGUUCCGAGGAACACGCAAGAAUCGCGAAAGCCCUCAAGGAUCUUAUUUUGGUUGUCAAACUAUCCGCCGCUUGUUUUUUCCGCUCGCUCAAGUCAAAACCGAAGGCAGAAACUGUUCCUUAGAACAUUUUAUCCCACACGUCACUGCGAUUUUAACGGAAGACGCGUCAAAGCAGGAGUCAAAUAUCUGCUGCGUCUUAAACUUGCAACCGAAGGCAAAUUGUGCCGUUGUUUGCCGUGUAAACCCUCACAACGCCUUCGUUUUUAUUUAUUUUGCAGCGCACGUUAGCUCCACACGUUUACUUGUAAUUUAUUCUGCAGAGAUGCGUGCAGUUGGACUUCGAUGACUCCUUCAAAAAGUUGGACCUCUUUUUUUUCUUCUUCAAGUCUCGCUACAUGUCGCCCGGUGAUUCAAGCUCAUUUUUCCUUCAGGCUUUGGCCUCAAUCGGCUUUUACUGUAGCAGUGAGACUCAUCACAUCCUCCCGAUGCUUUCAUUUCGAUUGCAUGUAUUUUCUUUAAAGCACCACGUUUCCUCAAAUAGUAGCAUCUGGUGCAUCAUCACUUCACAUAAACGCCUUCCGCAAAUAAAAAACGCGGCUAAACGCUUAGCCUGUUUGAACUCUGUUGCUAGCCAAAACAGCAGCACACAAAAAGUCGGAUGAAUGCGGAGACUUGGCGUACGUCACAUUCUUAAACAUGUUCUUAAUUUAUGCUGCGACCGAGUGACAAUUAGACCGUAGACUGAGUCUGCGACCACUCCGCAGUGUCGUUUCUGGCAAUUGUUAUUUUAUGUUGCGAGGCCACUUAUUUAUUCCACCUGGUUUUCCCUUUCCGGUAAUGCGCCGUAUGAUCUUAUGUUCUGCUCAUAUGUCGUCUUUUUAGCCUUCGAGUAGACUCCCAACAUGGGGCUGCCUCCAUAAUGGUCCUAAUUUGUCAAUUUAGCGGGAACAAAUGUAGCAAGGCGCAUGUUUAGCUAGCUAGCUAGCUAGCUACACAGAAAAGAAAUGGCAUGUUGAAAUGACUCCCAUUUUAUUUUGUGACUGCAGACAAUACAAUCAUCUGGAUUUCGAUUUUUUUUUUAAAGUACUGUAGCUGGAACCGGAUGAUUUUAUGUCGUGCAACCACUUGACGAAAUAAAAUGUACUCCAGUGUACUACAGUAACCACAUUCGUUCUGUAGCUCCGAGAACAUACUGGUGGCUCAGUCCACUUGAUCCAGACCUCCUUUUCACCCUUCAUCAACAUUCUUAGCAUGUAGCGACAUUCAGUCUAGAAACACACAAAUCAGACAUUUACUGUUUCCACUUUCAAGCAGAAAUCUCUGACGCUUGUUAUCGUUCUCACAGAAACCAGAGAAAGAUAUUGCUGUCCUAGUGACACUGGCGGGGCUCAUAAGGUUCGAUUUCCGCAAUGCUUGGAGUCACUGUGAACGCCUACAGGCAGCUUGCCAUUUAUUGACCUUUUUUUUUUUUUCUAGUAGAGACUGGAGGAAUUUGAUGAUGUCAUCAUGCAUGUUUACCUCAAAGGUGGACGCACACACAAACACACACACACUGUGAUUGUAGCAGCGCUCAGUUCAGUUUACAUGCAACGGAGUUGAUUUUUAAGAGAUUUCGCUGCAACCCUUUUCUUCUGUGUUUUCUGUUUUUGCUGCCUCACGGGCCACUCCAAUCGGUACACCUGCAACAUUCUCAUGAAAUCCAAGAUGACAUAAUUCAACCUUUACAAAAAUAUUAAUCUUUGAAUGGUAUGUUUAUUAAUAUUGAGGGUUUUGCACUGCGUCAUACUGACUGUUUUUAAUUCUUUGAGGGGGUAAGAUAAAAGAUCGUUUUAAUGUUUCAGGUCAAAGUGUCCUUGUUAACACGUCCUUGCGUGCUUGUGCGUGUGAUAUUGAAUGUAAACCAGCGCUGAAGUAUUAACAAGCAGAAUUUCUACCGGUGCAAGAUUAAGCAUCAACGUGCUACAUUGUUUUUAUUCAGCAGGAAAAAAAAAAAGAAGCUCCAUUUCAAUUGUUUGUCAUUUGCUUUGUAACGCUACAUGGCAUAUUGUGAAUUGUUUGUUUUUUUCAAUUGAACAUGAAUGAAUUGGAUUUGUUUUUUGGCAUUAAAAGAAGCGAAAAGCACUCGAGUUCA